ACGCUUCGGCUGCCUGCCUGCAAGGUGCCGCGCCGCCGAGCAGACGACGCGGCGCAGCAGACGACAGGGCGUCAGUGAUUGGUUGUCGACAAAAUAGCGACAGUGUGUGUGUGUGUCCACCGUCUGCCAGGAGGUCAGUGAUACGAGUGCGGCGGGUCUGAGGGGGACGUCCGGGACAGAGUGACAAAAUGCUGCACAGCUGCACCCGGCCGCUGGCCGGCCAAGUUUGCAAGAAUGCAGUGCUGUCACUCUCGGCCAGCGCCAAGAACGGCUACGCCACGGAGGCCAGCUUCGAAACCAAGCCCUACAAGCUCCACAAGCUGGACAACGGCCCGUCCACGUCCGUGUCCGUGACCAGGGACGACGCCCUCGUCCUGUACCGCCGCAUGCAGACCAUCCGCCGCAUGGAGACCAACGCCGGCAACCUGUACAAGGAGAAGAUCAUCCGCGGCUUCUGCCACCUCUACUCCGGGCAGGAAGCGUGCGCGGUGGGGAUGCACGGCGCCAUGCGGCCGCACGACAAGGUCAUCACGGCGUACCGCGCGCACGGCUGGACCUACCUCCUGAGCGACGACAUCCUGGGCGUGCUGGCCGAGCUGACGGGCCGCCAGUCCGGCUGCUCGCGCGGCAAGGGCGGCUCCAUGCACAUGUACUGCAAGAACUUCUACGGCGGCAACGGCAUCGUCGGCGCACAGAUUCCUCUCGGCGCGGGGCUGGCCUUCGCGCAGAAGUACAACGGCAACGACGGCGUGUGCAUCUCGCUGUACGGCGACGGCGCCUCCAACCAGGGCCAGGCCUUCGAGGCCUACAACAUGGCCAAGCUGUGGAACCUGCCCUGCAUCUUCGUCUGCGAGAACAACGGCUACGGCAUGGGCACUAGCAACACGCGCUCCUCUGCCAGCACCGCGUACUACACGCGCGGCGACUACGUCCCCGGCAUCCAGGUUGACGGCAUGGACGUGCUGGCCGUGCGCGAGGCGACGCGCUUCGCCAUCGAGGAGUGCAAGGCGGGCAGGGGGCCGCUGGUCAUGGAGACGCUCACGUACCGGUACUCGGGCCACUCCAUGUCCGACCCCGGCACCAGCUACAGGACGAGGGACGAGAUCCAGGAGGUGCGCUCCACCCGGGACCCCAUCACGUCCUUCAAGGACCGCAUGCUGACCAAGGAGCUCGCCACCCAGGAGGAGCUCAAGAAAAUCGACGCCGAAAUUAAGGUGCAGGUUGACGAUUUAACGAAGAAAGCCAAGGCGGACAAGGAGAUCGGGCUGGAGGAGCUGGCCGCCGACAUCUACAGCCACACGCUGGAGCCCGUCCUCCGGGGCACGACCCCCUGGAACGCCAUGCCCCACAUAUCUGUUGCUGGCAGCAGAUAAACUUUGUCUCGAUUAUAUUUUGUUCAGGUUUAA